CCCCUCUGAUAGAGCCGAGCUGCGAUUGGCCACGUUGCUGUCAAUCAUCGCUGUUUACCAAACGUUGCGAGGUGGAAUUUCCCAGGUUACAGCAUAGACUCAGUAGACCACUUCCGCAAUACAUGUCUGGGCAGACGAGAGGCCACUGCGAGCUGAAAGUUCAGAGGACAAUGUGUAGGAAGUAAGCAACGGCAAUGGAGGGGAAAGGACCAUACCGCAUCUAUGAUCCAGGUGGGAGUGAGGUCAAGGCCAGGGAUGAGGCUGGAGGAGGGAGCAGCUAUCGGCAGCUGCUGGAAGAGAACAGCAUGCUGAGAGAACGGAUGAAGGGACUUAAGAGCUUAGGUGAUUUGCUGGAAGAGUCUCAGUCAGAGGCGUCGAGGCUUCGGCAGCGAGUGGAGGAACUUGUGAGAGACAACGAAGCCCUGAAAUCGUCCAGCUUCGCCGCCAGUUUGUGUAUGGGAGGGCCCAUUCAAACUGAGACACAAAGUAAUAAACCCUGUUUACAUACCACAGCCGAGCAGAAGGAGGAGCAAUCAAGCUGUUUAGGAAAGACUCUUCAGCCAGAGAAGCCCAAUGAUGCCAUGUCAGAGUUUGAGGUGGUGAAUAUGGAGGGAAAGACUUCAGAGGCAUUGACAGCCGGGUCAGCAGUAGGAGUAAUUCCCCUCCUUCCUCAGGAGAACAUCGAGCUAGCGAGCCAGCUGAAGAGGCUAGAGAGCUCAUUCAGCAUAUUUGCUGAGGAGUCCAACCCAAACCAGCUGUUAGCGCACCUUGGUCGCAUGGCUGUGGAGUUUCAUCAUCUUUCUUCAAAAGUCCAAAAGAAUGAACAGAGGACCUCCCUCCUACAGACUCUCUGUGAGCAGCUCAGACAAGAGAACAAUGAGCUUAGAAAGAAAAUGGAAGAGGAUCAUCAUAUCAGGAAUCGAGACUUGGAACAGCUGAGACAGGAAAAUCAGAAACUUAAGGAGUUGGUCACAGGAGCGGCAGCAGUGGCGGCAGCAUCUGCGUCGCCACCUGACGCUGAAACUCCAGAGGCCAAAGAGGAGCCGGUGAAGGAGGAAUCUGCGGCUGUCCGACCCAAAAUGGAGGCCACCACACCACAGAAGAGUGGAAAAGCUGCAGAGAAAACCCCAACUAAACCUUGUGAUGUCGAGGUGUAUGAAAAGAAGAUCAAGCUUUUGGAGAAGCAGAGAAAGGAUGUGCUGGAGGUGAACAAGCAGUGGGACAUUCAGUGGAACGCCAUGAAGUCACAGUUUGAGCAGAAGAUCACAGACCUCAGACAACGGCUAGCCGAGUCACAGAAAACUGUGCUUGAGCUGGAGGCUGAGCGGGAGCAGAGGCAACGCGACUACGACAAGAAGCUGCUGCUGGCCAAGUCCAAGAUCGAAAAUGUCCAGGGGGAGAAGGAGUGUUUAAACACCGAGACGGCCGAGCUGAAGCAGAAGAUCCGUUACUUGCAGGAUCAGCUGGUGCCCCUCAGCAAACAGAGAGAAUACCAAGAGAAGGAGAUCCAACGCCUCAACCGAGCUUUAGAAGAAGCCUUAAACCUACACUCACCUUCAUCCUCCCAACAACCUCCUGGCCAGGGCAACUUUGCAGAUGCAGCCAACAACUUUAAGAAACAGGAGCUGCUCACUCAAAUUGCUGUACUUAAAGAACAGGUAAAAAUCUUUGAGGAGGACUUCAGAAAAGAAAGGAGCGACAGGGAGCGAAUGAAUGAAGAGAAAGAGGACUUGAGGCGGCAAGUUGAAAGACUUCAGGGUCAGAUUACUAAUUUGACCAAUCAGCUUCAUCAGGCGCAGAACGAGUGUCAGAGAGAACGUACAGAGAGAUGUAAGCUGGAGAGACUGCAGAUGCAGCAUCACAAACAGGGGCAGCAGCAGGAAAGACGUACCUCAGACCCCACGUCAGACUCAGUGAACGGCCCGCUGAGCCCUCCCUACUGUGGUCCCUUUGUGCAGGUGGGACCGCAGGGCCUUGAAGGUUGGCCCAUACACUUCCCUCCCGGAUGCCCAAUGCAGCAGGCGCCGCAGCCGCAGCCGCCGCAGCACCACCCCUGUACGAGACUUCCAACCCGUUACCCCGGGUUUUCCUUGGCAGUUGUCAUUCAAUCAACCUGAGAGGGGGUUGAGAGGGGCCAGAGCAGUAGGAGAAAGUUCACGACCACCACCAGAGAAUGCAGAUCAGUCAGCGGCGGCAGCAGCAGCAGCGACCGGAGCACCUGGAACAGGAUUUGGAAAAAGGGAGCGACAGAACAUUGAUCCUGGAAAGCACUAAAGCAUCACCGUACCCACUUAAAAGGAGCCUGGGUAGUAGCAUGAAAUCAGUUUGUUUUUGAGUUGACAAGGUGUGAUUUGACCUAUAAUUUUCCUACUGAACUGUAGAUAUCCUAUUGUAAUGUUGUUUAUACUUGCGUUUUAUAAGGCUAUUUGUGAUGCUAUUCUGAAUAUACACAUGAAAUAUUGUUUAGAUUUUUUUAUCGGCAACUUUAAGUCAUUUGUUAAAUAGGUUGGAAUAAUUAACAUAGAUUUUUUUGUUUUGUUUUGUUUUCCAGACAAUAUACCUAUGUGAUUGUCUAUCUGCAAGUAUGUAACAAGUAGUUUGUUACUUGUAGGGUCACAGGAAGCCAUUCCCCAGUAAGACUAAGACUACAUAUACUCAUUCCAACCAUGAAUGAUUAUAUAGGUACACUGAAUCAUAGAGCUUAAAAUGUGAAUGUUAAUUGAUUUAUGAGGGUUUUCAGUACCAUCGAUGUUAUAGAACUGUCCCAUAACUGUGUAACUGUUCAAAAGUGGUUGUUGAAAUACAAAAAUUUUGGGAAAUGAAUUUUGAUGGUAUCAUACCAAAAAAAAAAACAUGAUUGUGAUUACUGAUAAUUUAUUUAUAACCUGCUGUUUUGAUAGUUGCAUUGACUAAGUGUAAAUCAUUGUCUUUAGUAAUGCUGUUCUUUCUAUGUUGUUAGUGUAAUCCCAAUAUAUUGUAGCUAUUGACAUUGUAUGUUUGUAUCAGACACAAUACGCAGUACAUACACAACCUUUUUUUUUUUUUUUUUGUAAUUUCUCCCCCAUGAUGAUGGACCUAAUCUCAUUAAACACUUCAACUUGAUUUGACCACUCAUUCCGAUAUUUAUGCUCAUCUCACUGCAUCCUGUACCACUGCACACAGCGUAGCCCCAACACACAGUACCAAGAGUUACAGCAGCAAAAUCUUAAGGCAGCAGCCGCGUCCUCAUAUACCUGUUAUGUCAUAUAACCUGAGUUGUACUUACCAGUACAAAAUAUCUAAAUUCAGCUCAAGCAGCAGAAUGAGGACGAUUUUCAUCAGAAUUCAGAGGCCGUGGUUAGACACCCAGUUACAGCAGUACAGCCACUCCAGAGGAUAAAACCCUCUGUCGGGAUGUCUCGACUUUUUGUUUCCAUCCACUUCAACAACCAGCAACCCACACCUUGCCGACUGACCUGUGAACUGCUGUAACGCAGUCAAAGUCGCAAUAACAGAUAGCGGAUCCACACCUCCAGGUCACACUAUUAGGAAAAAGUUUAAUCUGAUCUCCGAAUCAACAAGCCUUGCCUGUUUAAACUGAAUACCAGUUAUGAUUACUUAGUAUAGUGUAUUUUGACUAGUCAGAUGAAGGGCUUCAAAAAAAAAAAAAGGUUUGAAAUGGCUUACUUUUAUCUAGCAAGAUAUCAACAGGGAACAAUCAGGAUGGGCUAGAGCUGAGAUGAGACAUUAACAGAAUUGCACUUUGAAAGGUAUGCUGUAAUUUAUGGCAGAUGUAUUUUCCUGGUUUGUAGCCUAUUUUCUUUUUUUUCUCCUUUUUUUUGCUGUAGGAAAAAAGCACAUGUGAGACUUUUUGUAUUUGACUGGCUUAAUAAAUCUAUUCUAAAUGUCU